AAUAAAAAAUAUUUUCGCUGGUUUCCAGUGGUGAUGGAGCGCCUUGUGAAUGAACUCAACUCUCUGCUGAAGAUGUUGGACCAUGAGACGGUUAGUCCAGAUACUGCCAACAAGAUGGCUUCCGUACGCAACAUCCUGGACUCUCUUCAGCUGUCAGUCAAUGGCUCAGACAUCUACAUGAACGGCACAAGCUUUGUCGAGUCUCUGUUUGAAGAUUUCGAUUGUGAUUUGCACAUGCUCAGUGCAUCACCAGUGGAGCAGAAAGAACCAAAAGACAAAGAGGAGAAAACACAGCCUAGUAAAUCAACACCCACAGACACACCACCGCCUUUGCCAGCAACCCAGUGUAAUAACACAGAAGGACUGAAUGGAUCAACAUCUCCAAUAAUACAGAGAAAACUGGAGCUCGACAAGAUGCUGCAGUCAGACAGACAAACAUCGGACUCAGACAGCGGACCAAUAGGAGACAGUCAGUCCAGCGCUUAUGGACCAGGACGAGACAUCGCCGACUCACUCAACAGAGCGAAGCGGGGCGCGUUCUCAGAGCUGACGGGGUCGAUGAGCCGAGCAGCGGGAAAGAAAAUCAAUCGAAUCAUCACUUUCUCCAAAAAGAAGCCUCCGUUACCAGGAGACCCUCCCUCAUCUUCUGGGCACCAUGACAACCCCCGCUGUGGUUAUCUCAGUGUGUGUCUCAGCGGCUGCUGGAAGGAGCGCUGGUGUGUUCUCCGAGGUGGAAACCUGUACCUGCAGAAGGAUCCCGGCGACCAGCGGCCUCCAGUCAUUGUGGUGCCUCUUAAAGGGGCGGAGGUGGUGCCUGGGGGCCUCGGACCCAAACAUCCCUUCUCAUUUCAUAUCAUGCAAGCGGGCAAUGAGCUUGCAGCUUUAGAGGCGAGCUCCUCUGAAGAUCUUGGCCGCUGGCUGGGCAUUUUGUUUGCCGAGACCGGCAGCGGCACCCUCCCUGAAGAGCUGCACUACGACUACAUCGACGUGGACACACUCACCGACAUACGGCAAGCUGCCAGACACUCCUUCUUGUGGGCUACAACCACUGCUACUUCCUCCAGCAGUGCAUCAAUAGAUUCCAGAACGUAUGACGAAGUGUACGAAAGCAUUGCGGACGAAGAUAUCGAGAGCAAAACAGGUCAGGUGAGACGUCAUGCCUCCUUCUCCAGCAGGGACUCAGAGAAAACCGAACAACAGGCCACCAUCAAGAGGCACGCCUCCAAUGUAAAUCCGUACGGCCGCUAUGGGAAGAUGCGCGCAGAGGAAGACGCCAGACGGUACCUGAGGCAGAAAGAGGAGCUGGAGAAGCAAAAGGAGGAGCUGAGAAACACCCUGAUCUCCCUCCGYAGGGAGAAGAAGGAGGUGAAGGAGCAAAUGAAGAGUGACACAGGUGAUGAGUGGGAAUCAAAGAAGGGGACCUAG